CAGUGAUAGUGAGUUUGGUCCUGGAGGUGGCACCCAUGAGGUCUUCACAAGCAUCCCUUCCCAGCCCAUAUUUGAUGACCACAAGCCUGAUGAGCGCGACCGCAACGAAGCCUUGGACGACUACAACCGUAUCACUGAGAGCUUGUCUGAGUACACGGAGCCAUCUCUGAGCUCUACACAGACGCCUGUGAGCACAUACGACGAGCGGCGGCGUCUCAACAGAGAGGAAUACGUCGCGAAAGUCAUGCAGAGGAACAGGGGCAGCGUGUCUGAGCUUCGUCAAGAGCUUCCCAGACCCCCCAUCAGCAGCGGUUCAACCUCCGUCAGCAGCGGUUCUACCCCAGUCGCUCGUAGGAACCAAUAUGGCGACUUGGUCUAUGAUGAAUGAAGAACAACAUCUCUGAUGUCUUUAGUUAACAAAUAUUUGUAGCGAGGAAUCUGUGGGAGAGAACAAGGAGUCUUUUCACUUCACAACGUAUAGACAUUGUAUGUAAUAUCAAAAGAAAUGUUGCGACUUAACCUCCCUGAUGCGAUAUACAUUUGUAUGUCUAUUCUGCUUAUCUGGACUACAAACCAAUUUUGCAGGGAAAAAUUCAAGACAGAACGUGGUUUGGGGCAUUUUUUCCGAGUGCAUUACAUUUAUCUCCAACUGUACGUAAUGGUAACCGACGCACACGUGUUAAAAUCUUCAUAAUUUUAAUUAUGCACCAAUUAGCUGGUAUUAUCUGGUGAGAAAAUGUCGCCUUACUGCCCCUGGAUACUCUGGGGCCGUACUGUCGAGACGAGCUUAAGCGCCUGCAGCGGCCAAUUUCUCAAUUUCUUCAAUGAAAUUGCGGCGAAUUUCAGCGGUGUGAUUAGUAACUUUAGGUUGAAUAGCGGUCGUUGAUUGGCUGCUGGAUUUACAAAAUUCCUAACUGAUUUUAAUAGGAACAUUAAGUGGACCUCAAUUGUUUUGUAAUCUGUCGCCAAGUGAUAUGAAGUUACUUCUAUUCACUCGGUUGCUUCCUCAAUUUCAUUCGUUUCUUGUAUCUCUGAACAUUAUGAAGACUGCUAUUUAUGGCUCCAAAUUUUUGUGUCCGUGAUAUAUAGAAUCAAAAUGAAUAAUUUUCCAUUCAAUGCUAACACAUAAUAUUUUAAGUAAAGAGUUUUAAUAAAUUUUAAAUUCUUCGAGCUCAUGUUUAUUAGGAGCUAUUUGAUACAAAUUUGUAACAUUUACAUCUAGAAAGUGUAUCUUCCUUUAUCUUGGGUAAUCCAAAUUUUUAUUAAUGUUUUGAAUUUAUUUAUUUUAUAUUCUUUCAAAAUUAUUAUUUUCUGCUUAAUUGUUGCGUCCGAAUAAACAAACCUGGAACUGGUCACUUGACGUAUAAUUCUAGGUUGUAUUCCGAGUAUCUGCAUGUCAAUUUCUUGACCAAUCGCUGUGAUAUCUCACUUCCAUGUAUCCGGCAGCAGAAUAACAUACUAUCAAUGCAGUUCAAAGACGUGAGACACAUGCACAUCCUUUACGUGUCUCGCGUGUCUUAUUCAAAUAAAUAUGUGAAACCAAUUUAGAGCCGUUGAAGAAAUUUGUAAUUUCGCGUAGUUCAAAUUUCAAGAUAGUAUGGAACUUGUUGGGGACAUAGGCAAUGAUUUUUCUUUGAUUCUUAGCAAUAAAGUAUAGAGACCUCUGUAUAAUUAUCAGUGU